AUGGAUAUAUAUCCAUGCGUGCGAUUUGCUCCAACCGAUGAGGAGGUGAUCACCUUUUUACAGCUAAGGGUCCAGGGCAUUCAAGUUUACAACUGUCUCAUUAUGGACCAGCCAUUGUAUCAAUUCCAUCCUGUUCACCUCCCGCAUUUUAACACAUAUUUCAUGAGACCAGGAGAGUUUUGGUACUUCGUCACAAGGCCGACAAGGGGACCCCUCAACCGAAUAGUGAAUCGUAAUGUUGGAAACCAUAAAUGGGUGAAAAGUGGUCGCAAAACUCUCAUACGUGAGGGAAAUAUUGUCAUUGGUCAUAAACAGAAGCUUGCUUUCAGAGACAACAAUGGCGUAUCUACCGGAUGGCAGCAAUUUGAGUUUACCCUAGAAUCUGAACAAUUCCAACCUCAAGUGGUCAGCCAUCUUAUUUAUCGGUUAGAAGAUGAUGACACUAUAGCAGCUGUGGACAAUCUGAUAGAUUUACCGCUGGAAGAAGCAGCCGAUGAUAAUCUUCACUUUCAACAAAUUCUCAAUGGAUAUCAGCAAGUGCUUGGGAUGUAA